GCACUCAUCGAGGAGUUCAGUGUGAAGCUCCAAUGUCGGUGAUUGGGUUCUCGAAUUUUCCUUCGGGUCAGUGCCUAACGUCGUCUUCGACUCCUUUUCAUCGAUAUACGAUGGGAAGCGUAGCUGCUGCUGCUUCUUCAUCUUCUAGCUUCGUUGGUGAGAAGGGUUUUCUUUCCGGAGCGGUUUGUGGCCGCAGGGGAGCAGGUUUAUUGCGGAGGAACCCUAUCUUGGUAUCGCCAAAAGCGGUUUCGGACUCGCGGGACUCUCAGACAUGUCUUGAUCCUCCCGCUAGCAAAAGUGUUUUGGGCAUUAUAUUGGGAGGUGGUGCUGGAACACGGUUAUACCCUCUUACAAAGAAGAGAGCUAAACCAGCUGUUCCUCUUGGAGCAAACUACAGACUGAUUGAUAUUCCUGUCAGCAAUUGUUUGAACAGCGACAUAUCGAAAAUCUAUGUUCUAACUCAGUUUAAUUCUGCUUCACUGAACCGCCACCUUUCACGGGCCUAUGGGAGUAACAUGGGUGGAUACAAGAAUGAAGGUUUUGUGGAGGUUCUUGCCGCUCAACAGAGUCCAGAAAACCCUAACUGGUUUCAGGGUACUGCAGAUGCUGUUCGGCAAUAUUUGUGGCUUUUUGAAGAGCACAAUGUUAUGGAGUUCUUAGUCCUUGCUGGUGAUCAUUUGUACCGCAUGGACUACGAGAGGUUUAUUCAAGCACAUAGGGAGACUGAUGCAGAUAUCACUGUUGCUGCUCUUCCAAUGGAUGAGGAAAGGGCUACUGCGUUUGGCCUAAUGAAAAUUGAUGAGGAGGGGCGUAUAGUCGAGUUUGCAGAGAAGCCCAAAGGUGAACAGCUGAAGGCAAUGAAGGUUGAUACGACAAUUUUAGGUCUUGAUGAUGAUAGAGCUGAAGAGAUGCCUUUCAUUGCAAGUAUGGGUAUUUAUGUGGUCAGUAAAGACAUAAUGUUGCAACUACUACGUGAAAAUUUUCCUGCAGCAAACGAUUUUGGAAGUGAAGUGAUUCCCGGUGCGACAAAUAAUGGAUUGAGGGUUCAGGCCUACUUGUUCGAUGGUUACUGGGAAGACAUAGGUACUAUCGAGGCAUUUUACAAUGCAAAUCUUGGAAUUACAAAAAAGCCGGUUCCCGAUUUCAGCUUUUAUGAUCGUUCAGCUCCAAUAUACACACAACCUCGAUAUUUACCUCCUUCUAAGAUGCUUGGUGCUGAUAUCACAGAUAGUGUAAUCGGUGAAGGUUGUGUGAUCGAAAACUGCAAGAUUCACCAUUCUGUUGUUGGCCUUCGAUCUUUUAUUUCUGAGGGAGCAAUCAUAGAGGACUCUUUACUCAUGGGAGCUGAUUAUUAUGAGACGGAUGCGAGCAAGAGAUUUUUAUUUGCAAAGGGGAGUGUACCCAUUGGUAUUGGGAAGAACUCUCAUGUUAAAAGAGCAAUUAUUGACAAGAACGCUCGAAUCGGUGAAAAUGUUAAGAUCAUCAACAGAGAUGGUGUACAAGAAGCUGCAAGAGAAACAGAUGGAUAUUUCAUCAAAAGUGGCAUUGUCACUGUAAUCAAGGAUGCUUUAAUUCCCAAUGGAACUGUUAUAUAAGGUCAGUUUAGCCCUUCUCCCUCAUUUCUCUCCUUCAUUAAAAGUAGGUUGGUUUCAUAUUGGAGAUUCAAACAUUUGAGCUGGAUGGGCUUUAGAAUAAGAGUGAAUUUCUACCAUUUUCUCAAUAAUUCUUAUUCUCAUUUUUCAUGCCUUUUAAAGUCUGUAUCCAAUAACUUCAUUCGUGCCAGACAACUUGUAAAUUUGUGUUCAGGCUAUAUAAUUGAAUGGUCAUGCUAUGUGUUCGGAUGCA